CACUGAAAGGGAGGACCACUCAAAGGUAGAGGCUCCCUGCAGGGUGGCGGUGCACGCCAUCCUCGGCGGCAGGACCACAGUUCCCACCCAACAGGUGGUUUUUGGCAACCCCCCGGGGAGCGGAGCCCCGAAAUGAGGGGCGGGACAGGACGGGACGGUUCCCAGGCAGAGGCGGCAGUGACGCCAGGAAGGACCCUGCCCUUCUGGCUUCCGCGGGGCGUGCGCGGCCCGUCUCCCUUUAGAGCGGGCCGGCAGCGCGGAGGCGGCAGCAGCGGAACAGGGGCGAGGGUGCCUCUGCACACCCCACACCUCCCCGCUCCGCUGCGCCCUGCGCUGAGCCAGACCAGCUGCAUCGCCGUGUCCUGACCGAAGGCUCCUGGGAUGUCACGCCGCAGGCACCAGCCCAAGCCUGGCGACCUGAUCAAGGUCAAGCGAUCAGUUUACCAACACUGGGCCCUCUACUUGGGGGAUGGAUAUGUCGUCCACCUGACGUCCGCAGAUGAAGGGAUCCGAUGCCUGUCAGGCAGUAGUGACACAACAUUGAGCAAAAAGGCCAAGGUGAAGAAGCAGCUCCUGAAGGAGGUGGUGGGAACUGAUGCCUGGGAGGUCAACAACAAGUAUGACCGCUCCCGCACCCCCCUCCCAGUGGAGGAGAUCAUCAAGCGUGCUGAGAGCUGCAUUGGCAUGGAGGUGACCUAUAAUGUGUUCUGCGAAAACUGUGAACACUUUGUGACAAUGCUCCGCUAUGGCAAGAGUGUCUCUGACCAGGCCAAGAUAGGAGUUGGUAGCAUGCUGGCACUAGGAACUGGUAUUCUUGUCUGCGCUGGUAUUGCUGUCGGCUGCGCUGCCUUUGGCUCGCCCAGGGGCAAAUCCAGAGAGAAGGAGUAGUGGCCAUGGAGGGUCACUGCCCAGCCUUUGCCAAAACUGCCAUUGGGCCUACUAACAACAGCUACUCUUGCUGAAAUAACCAAAGCAAAGCAGUAAUAAAAUGUAAAAAACCCAAAAUAAUAUUGCCAUAAAAUCCAUUGUGCUUGCUUUGAGCUGUUUUCUGUUUGCUUUGAGAAGUGGAGUUUCUGCAGGAGAUGACAAUGUUGCAAAAAAGACUUAAAACCCGUCCUUCAGAGGCCUGGGCUUCCUGGUGUGGGGGUAAGAGGGAUAAGAGGCUCAGAGAUUGUAAGAGAACUUUUACAAAGCAAGCUGCUGCAUGUUUAUUUUUAUAGUAUUAUAUUAUUAUGCUUUAUGUAAUUGACUGGCUAGUUUAUCAUAAAUAUUAAAAUAAUAAUAUAAUAGAUAAAAAAUUGUGUAAUGAA